UUUGACGUGGUGGCGCAACAUACCGCUAGCUUCGCCCGUGCUUGUGGCACUACAGCCAGCGUAGCAACAAUUGAAUUAGCUUCUGGUCUUUAACAGUCACAGAUUUUAGGAGCGGCGGUCAUCGUUUGGUUUGGUUAACUCUUCGGAAGCUUUCAAAAUGAUUUCACUCACGGAUUCCCAAAGUAAGAAAAUUGGGAUGGGACUGACGGGGUUCGGUGUGUUUUUCCUCUUUUUUGGGAUGAUGCUGUUUUUUGAUAAAGCUCUGUUGGCGAUAGGAAAUAUUCUCUUCGUGGCAGGCCUUUCUUUUGUCAUCGGCCUCGAGCGCACCGUCAGGUUCUUCUUCCAGAGACACAAAGCGAAAGCCACUAGCUUCUUCCUGGGAGGCAUUUUUGUGGUUCUGACCGGCUGGCCGAUCAUCGGCGUCGUCCUGGAAAUCUACGGUUUCUUCCUCUUGUUCAGGGGAUUCUUCCCGGUGGCGGUUGGAUUCAUCAGGCGAGUGCCUGUUAUCGGCUCUUUGCUCAGUUUACCAGGGAUUAGGACGUUGGUGGACAAAAUUGGUGAGAGCAACGCUAUGGUAUAACAUUACGCUGUCGACGCAAAAGGGGGGACCUUUCCACAAUUUAUCAUGGAUUUUCAUCGUGACUGUACGUUCCAGUCCUCGUCACUCCAGAAAAGUUCAUUCACACGUUUUUCUGCAGAAAACACACAAAUGUGUCUGUAAACAUUCCUCUGACAGCAUCCGUUCCCCUCGUCCAGACACAAGGAGUAUCCGAGUGAGACUGAACAACAAUGCAAAUGUUUGUCUUUGUUUUUUUCUUUUUUUUUUUUAAAUAAAAAACUCUUUGUACCUUUCCUUGGAAUAUUUAUGGACUAAACACUUGGCAACACUGGACUAUCUAAGAGGAAAGUCAGUGCCUCGGAGCAAUCCUGUAUGACAUGUGACUGGAUUAUUGAUAAUGGAUUUUGAAUUAAAAAGAUGGUUGUAAUCUUUACAGAAAUGUGUGUUUCUGUAAAAAUAUGUUUUGAGAUAUUUGUACUGUAAUUUUUACAGUAAUUUUUCUAAAUGUAUACCUGCAAUAAAUUGUCCUUUUUGCAAA